AGGUCAGUCCACUCCCACCACGCCCGACACGCCCACCCCUCCCACCGCUUCCCUCUCCAGAAGUCCAGUUUCCACGCACCAACGACCACCGCGAUCAAGGUAGCCCGUUCGCCGCUCCGCCCGCCAGCCCCCGUCGCCGGCAGCGAGCAUGCACCACGAUCCCAACCCCUUCGACGAGGGCGCCGACGAUAACCCCUUCUCGAAUGGAGGAGGAGGAGGUGCAGGAGCGCGUGGUGCAGGCGGCAAGUCGCAGUUCGGGUUCCGGCCGGCGGAGCCCGUCGGGUUCGGCGGCGGCAGGGGCAACGCGACCGUCGACAUCCCCCUCGACACCAUGAACGAUUCGAAGGGCAAAGCGAAGGAGCUGUCGCAGUGGGAAUCAGAUCUCAGGAGGCGAGAGGCGGAUAUCAGGAGGAGGGAGGAAGCUCUCAAGAGUGCUGGGGUGCCCAUGGAGGACAAGAACUGGCCGCCAUUCUUCCCAAUCAUCCACCACGACAUUGCCAAUGAGAUACCAGCAAACGCUCAGAAGUUGCAGUAUCUUGCGUUCGCGAGCUGGCUUGGCAUAGUGCUUUGUCUCUUCUGGAAUUUUAUUGCUGUCAUUGUCUGUUGGAUCAGAGGGGGAGAUUCCAAGCUAUUUUUCCUGGCUACAAUCUAUGGUAUGCUUGGCAUCCCUUUGUCCUAUUUGAUGUGGUAUAGACCUCUCUACCGAGCAAUGAGAACUGACAGUGCUUUCAGCUUUGGAUGGUUUUUCCUAUGUUACCUGCUCCACAUUGGCUUUUGCAUCUUUGCUGCCAUUGCUCCUCCAAUUAUAUUCCGUGGAAAAUCAUUAACGGGUAUACUGGCUGCAAUUGACACCUUCUCUGAUCAUGCGAUAGUUGGGAUCUUUUACUUUGUCGGAUUUGCCUUGUUUUGCUUGGAGACACUUGUGAGCAUAUGGGUUCUUCAGAAAGUAUACAUGUACUUCAGAGGGCACAAGUAGGCGAUGGAAGGAUUUACUAUCAAUACCAUCUGAUUGCGCUGCGGUUCUGUGCAUACACAUAAGUACAUGUCCAUUGUUGUAUGUUAUGACGAUGUAUAUCUUUUUUAACUUUGAAGUUGAGGGGUAUACCAUUAUAUAGUAGUGUCGUUUCUGACUGAUCUAUUUUUUUACCCAUAUACAAAAUUGCACUUUGUGUACACUUCUGUUUGCUAGUGUGGCUGGGCAGUUUGA